AAGUUUGGGAAAAUUAGGAAUAUCAAUUGGAAAUAUGGAAAAUGAAGGAGUUAAUUCUGAAAAUAUUUCUUCUUAUCAUUUUACAGAAUAUGGCAAAGUAUCUUUAAAAUUUGAUCAACAUUUAAAACCGACUCAAGAAUUUGUUAAAAUAGUAGAAGGCGCAAUUAAAUCCAAAGAUCCUGUUAAAGAACUUAAACAAAUAACUGAGAAAUAUGGUCAGUUUAUUCCAACUGAAGUAAUUUUAGGUGGCAGAGCAUAUUUUAAUGAACAUAUAACGUCAACUGGAUGUUUUGCAGGAAAUUCUAAAGAAAUUGCUAUAAAUGCAAACGCUGGAGGGGUUCUAGGAGUCAAUGCUGCAAGUGCUUUCAAUUAUUCAAAAGAAAAAUCAACCUAUUAUAAAUCUAACUGUACAAAAUUAAUUGGGGGAAACCAGCCUGACAACAUUGAAAUUUUUGAUGAAGCAGCUUGGGUCAAGUCUUUAAAAGAUUAUAAAAGUUGGGAUUCUAUAGAACUUCAAAACCCUACUAGCAUUUUCCAACUUUUAUCCAACGAUUUACGUAAACAAAUCAUUGAGUUUGUUGGAAAGAGAAUUCAUCAUCAAGACUUUGUAGAUUUUAGUUAUUGUUUAGAUGAAUUUGGCAAACCAAAAAUUUUUGAAUUUAAGGAUGUUAUACCUUCAGAUACUCUAAAUAUUAUUCAAAAUAAAGAGGCAGAUUGUAAUAUUUUUGCAACUGUUAUUGAUACGAUAGAAUCAAAAAAUGAUUUUUUUACUUGUCAAGU